GAAGACAUAAGUUUUUUAUUUUGUCUUUAACAUUUAUUAUUUAUUUUUAUUCAAUAUUCAUAUAAAUACUUUCUACAAUGGAACCUUCAACUAGCGCGAAAGUACCGGAACAGCACGAAGAAGAACGAGAACAACAACAAUUCAGGAGCUAUCCAGGAAAGGUCGUCGUACAUGGUAGAGCAACUGAGAGGGCGAAGAUAACGUCAAAGUAUAAGAGAGCCUAUCUUAUCGUCAGAGAAAGGUGGAACGAAGCACAACACGAGACUGUAGAGAUAAAGGACAAGAUUAAGAAAGCUCAGAGUGCAUUGACGGAGGUGAACAACGAGAAUGACGUCUUACUUGAAGCCUUAAUGAAAUGUGAUCCAGAAUUAGCACAGAAGUACUUAUUAGACUGUCAACAUCAACAGCAACAGCAACAGCACCAGGAUCAGCAUUUCAUCGAACAGACUACACACAUCCCACAAGAUCCACAAUACCUGAGAAAUGAAGCAGAACAAUUGCCAGUUAACACGAUACAACACGACCGUUUCGCGCAUAUACUCAAUCAGGAGCCUGAGAAACCACACAAUACAAUGAACCCAUUCGAGCAAGAACAAUUACACUAUUCUUUACAAGUACAACCAACUGUUAACAAUUCUAAGCGCUCGAUUGAUGAUAUUAUCUCAUCGAGUGAUAUAAACGAAGAGGCGAAACGACAACGCUCCUAAAGUCUCUUUAUAGCUUCUACUAUAAAGUUAUUGUAUUAUUAGUUUUCCUUUAUUCACGUCGCGUAACUCAAUCCAGGUAGUAGGGCUUUACCUUGUAUACUACCAAUUUGUGCGACAUCACCAAACAAUUCCAUAUCGACUAUACUUUUAAUGACGAGGUAAAUAUGUUCUUCUUUAUGACUGUCAUUCGGUUCACAUGUUGAACAAAGGUCGUAGCUACCAGCUAGAUUCACACAUCUGAACCAUUUACCUAAUACUGGUUCCAUGCACCUAUCGCAAACGACCUUUUGAUGUUUAAUUGUAGACAAAUACUCGUUAGGUCCGCCCAACGUUGAAGGCAAAGGUGAUACGUGUAAACUAUUCGAUGGAUUACCAGCUGGAAUCUUGUAUAGUAUUGGCAAAGCAUCCCCCAUUUCCUUUAAUCCAGGUUCUUUCAAUUUUUGCUCAAGUUUGAGGAAAAUAUGAAAUGGGUCGUGAAGAAUAUACGACAUAUUCUCGCAUUCUCCGCACUAUCAAGUUAUUAUCAGAUCGCUAUAAUUAGCUACCAACAAAUAACCUACAAGGUUGUAUGCUCCAGCGCAAUGCAAGCAAGCGUAUCUUUCUUUUAUGAUAUUGUUAACGCAUCCAUUACAUUGAACGCCAUGAUUUACAGGCCUCCUCUUUGAAGCUCUCCUCCUUGGCUGCAGAUUACGUAGUUGUUCGUUAUCAGUCUGUGAAGUUGGUGUGUCAUUACGGUCAUUAUCCCACAUUCUUCUAGCGCGUGCGGAAACUCUUGGAUAUUGUUAGAUGAUAUUUUAGAACAUUGUCAAGUCAACUCACUGUUGUACUUCAUCAUUAGAUAAUGGUACUGGUAUCUUCAUCAUGAUGUGUGUUCCAUCAUGUCCAUUUCCAUUAGCUGCACCUAGACUCUCG